AAGCCGGUUAACCAUUUCGUGUGUGCGCAGUUGGAUGGGCUGUUAUAAUCGGAGCAGUGUUUGUCUAGUCCGCUUCCUGCACACACAUACAUGUAUAUGUAUACAGCAUGACGAGCGCAACGUUAAGUACACACACAGCGCACCGUUCUCUAAUCCUGUUUUAUUCGGCGCGAGAAUAUAUUUGUUAUUAGGCGCAAGGAGCGUUAUUGAAGUGUCCUUGAUCUGGCUAAUCUGCGCGCCGCGAGUGCCUCUCCUCCUGCAUUGUUAUUCCGGCGAUAAUCUCCGUGCCCUUUCUCCGUUCAUCGCUUAAUUAACAGUACUCGCGCGCACGUUCCUCUGUCCGCGCACGUCCCGCGGCGGUUGUCCCAUUCGGAAAACAACAUCCCGCGUCAACCUGAGCAGCCGCGUAUUGUGUUCCCGCAUCUCCAUUGAAGCUGAUUAUUCUCGGAACAGAAAUGAACGCAGUUUAGCUGUGCUUCGGGAUUGCUUGUAUAUAUAAGCGCUGCAUCGCUGAUCGAUCGCUUAUUUAUCCGCACCGGUAUAAUAUUUUUUCUUGCCGGUUGUGUGGAGAUUGGAAUUAAAUUGUGAUUUUGGUGAUUGGUGUGGACGAUGCCCGGCACGCAGCAGUACCGGCCGGCGUCGUUGACGCGCGGCUCGCUGAGCAGCCAGAGCGGAUUACAGCCGGUCACCGCGCGCUCCUCUAUUGUGCCGCAGUUGGGUGGGGAGCGGCUGUGGAAGCCGUUGAAGUACGGCCCGGAAUACACCACUAGCACCUACGGCAUCCUCAAGAUCCUCAUUAUUGGCAUGAGCUGCGCCUGCUUCAUCUCGCUGAUGAUCACGGUGGGCGGUCACGUGGAGAACGGCCGGUACGCCUGCUUCUUCGCCUCCACCUCCGUCACCUGCAUCGUCUACACCUUGGUCUUCGCGCUCAGUCGGCUGCGCGUCUGGGAUCCCCGGCGGCCGUCAUUACCGCACCAGAUCGAGCGCCUGUUCGGCUUCAUCUUCAUCCUGUGGAACUUCAUCUCGGCCGGACUGGUGGCGCCCACCAGCCACCUCUCGCGCCACAUCCACCCCAAGAACGCCCACCUGCAGCAGCAACUGCAGGCCCCGCCCAGCCACGCCGGCAGCGCGGUGACCGCGGCCUGGCAGGAGGUGCAGCAUGAACCGCAUCCGGCCGUGUCGCCGGUGUGCCUGCAUAACUUGCCAGCGGAGAUCUGCCGCGGCAGCACCACCACCGCCGCGGUGAUCUGUUUCCUGCUCAGCGCUGUCAUUUUGGUCAACUUCUUCUUAUCCGUCUGGUGGGGACCACCAUUGCGCUACUCGAUGCGGCUGAAGAACAUUACGGAAGGCGAAAAGUACCAGAACUUCACCAACGAGGACAUCAUCGAGGAGGAAACCCAGGAAUAAUUACAGCGCUGCUUGUGCGUAUUCUUUAAAGCGUCCUACCUGGGUGCCGGCUCGAGCGUUUGGACACGCUGCAUCCCGAUCUCAUAUCCCUCUUCAGUUCCCGGUCCGGCGCACUGUGCCGGGCUCUCCCGUUCUCGGUUACCCGCUUGUUAUUUGUUGGCAGCUAGACUAGAUGCCCUGAUAAUAUAUGAAGUAGCCUAACUGUGACCUGUGCAUGCCAAAUAGACCGUAAAUGUGUAUAGUGGACGAUUUAUCAAUAUGUAUGCCGAUAAGAUAUGCACUGAACUGAAUAAUUUUGAUGUUCAGUUCUUUCUGUCGUUACAUAUUAAUACAGCACAGUAUACUUAUAUGGUAGAGUAGAUAUUGUCGUUCGAUGUUAACGUUAAUUAGUGCACUACAGUCACCUCGCUAAUUUGUGCUAAAAUAAUCUCCUUGUUGCCUGUCAGUUUACCUCACCGGCUGCAUUGCUGUGACGUGUAUAUUGUCGUGACGCUAUGGUUAAAAACGUUUUAGAAAAAUAAGACA